AGAGAUCUCUGCACUGGUCAGAGUCCUAACUGAGAGCGAGAGAAAAAGGUCUGAAGUGGAUUUAAAAAGCUUUAAGAAGAUGUGGACUCCGAGUCUUCAUGUGGUUACUAUCUGUCUUUUCAUACAGGUGGCGGGCUGUCGGCCAUCGUGUCUAUUGAAGGGCUCGAUUGCCCACUGUGGCUUCAGAGGUCUCCGCUGGGUUCCCCCUCUGCCUCCCAACAUCACCCAUUUGUUCCUGGACUCGAACCUCAUCGGCGAGAUCAACCGGACCUCCCUGGCCGGCCUGGAGGAGCUGCAGGUGCUGGACCUCGGGGGGCAGAAGGUGCCGCUGGUGAUCAGAAACGGCGCCUUCCGGGGACUGAAGCGUCUGAGGAACCUGAACCUCGGCUUCAACCCCGGGCUCCAGCUGGAGCCGCUGGCCUUUGCUGGACUCUCCGGUCUGUUGAAGCUCCACCUGUUUUCCUGCUCACUGAACAACCUGAUCCUGGAGGACAGUUACCUGGAGCCUCUCUCCUCUCUGCAGACUCUGGAUCUCUUUGCUAACCGAAUAAAGAGACUUCGGCCAGCGACCUUCUUUGCAAACAUGACAAAUUUGACGGACGUGAAUCUCAUGCUGAACAACAUUGACCAAAUUUGCGAGUCUGACCUUGUUGGUUUUAAAGGAAAGCACUUCAAAGUUUUCAAUCUAAAUUCGGUCCACCUUAAAGACAUGAUGGAUAGAGGUUUCAACUGGCAGAAGUGUGGGAAUCCAUUCAGAGGAAUGUCUUUUCAAACACUGGACCUGUCUGGCAGUGGGCUCGGCGUUCUUCAGUUAAAGCUGUUUUUCAGAGCUAUUGACGGCACAGAGAUCCAUCACCUCAGAUUCUCCGGGUCCAUAGGGAGAGGAUUUUCCUUUAAUAAUCUCCUCGACCCGGACCAGGAGACAUUCGAGGGCCUGAGGAACAGUUCGGUCCUUUCUUUGGAUCUGUCUAAGAACAGGAUAUUUGCGUUGCAACGGGGGGUUUUCAGCCCUUUGAAAGAACUGAAGGCCAUUGAUCUUUCAAAAAACAAAGUGAAUCAGAUACACAGAAAUGCCUUUGAUGGACUUCAGGGGAGUUUAAAAAUGCUCAAUUUGUCACACAACCUGCUCGGGGAAAUCUACUCUUACACAUUUGCCUCUCUGACUAACCUCAAAGUGUUAGAUUUGUCUCAUAAUCACAUAGGAGCUUUGGGUUAUAAGUCAUUUAGUGGACUUCCCAACCUGAACGUGCUAAAUUUAACAGGAAACUCUCUGCAGAGUUUGGGUUUUCCGGCAUCUCUGCCAAGUUUGCGUGUUCUCCUGCUGGACGACAACAAGCUGACGGCCUCGUCAGUGAAAAGCAUCACCGAUCUUGCUGGUAACGCCACGUAUCUGAGCGUCCAGGACAACCGGCUAACAAACCUGGAGGACGUCUUCACCUUUUCGAAUCACAUGAAACGCCUCCGGUUUCUUCUCUAUGGAGGGAACACAAUCAGGUGGUGUACGCUCAGUACACAAGUCGGUCAAAACGAUGUUGGAUUUCUCGACCUUCACAGCAGCUCCCUGCAGUCCAUCUGGGCUCAGGGAAAAUGCCUCCAUCUCUUUGGCAACUUCGGAAAUGUCAUCCGUCUCGACCUGAGUCUCAACGGUCUGCAUAGGCUUCCCGGAGGUGUCUUUAAGGGCCUGGCCUCCGUGCUGGAGAUGGACCUCUCGUCCAACGCCCUGACGUAUCUGCAGCCGGACGUUUUACCUAAAAGUCUGAAAUCGCUCAACCUCGCAAACAACUUCAUCGCCUCCCCUGACCCCGCGGCUUUCUCCUCCCUCGGCUUCCUCGACCUCUCCGGGAACAGAUUCCACUGCAACGCCGGACUGAGAGGUUUCCUGGGCUGGCUCAGGGAGACCAACGUGACAUUUUUGAGGCCCGCGCAGGAGCUCAGGUGUGAGUUUCCAUCUGCUUUUCACAAUGUGCCUCUCUCAGACUACUCUGCUCGGGUAUUACAGCGGUGACAGCUGCUGAAACUAAAGGAAUCUGGACCCAAAAAUACAGAGGAGUGGAGGUAUCAGACAUGAUGAUUCAUAUUUAUCUUAUCCAUAGUAGCAAGAGCCUGAUUGUUUGAUAAAGGCAGCCGUCGGAUAAAAGGUUCAAAGGAAUUGAAAAUCUCCAGUAUUUUUUCUCUGUUUGCAUUGAAAAUAACUCAGUUUUAUGCUAAAACUGAGCAAUAAACUCUUUCAGC